AACCCCAUCACCGCCCUUCCCAUGUCUUCUUCUUAUAACCUGUCCACCAUGAGAGUGUCAGUCCAAUAUAAUCCUUACCCCACCCUCUGUCUCUCCCUCUACCUCUUGUUAACCCUCUCAGAACCCAAGUGCAUGAAUAAGCUUUUGACAUGGCUUUCCCUCCUCAUGCUUUCAUGUUUCAAACCCUCCAUGAAGAUCAAAAUCAUUUCCCUUCCCCUUAUUCCCUCCUUCCAUGCCCUCCUCAACUCUUCCAUGGUGGUAUGUUUCUCCAUCCAUCUUUUUCGUUUAUAUUAAUCCAUGUGUGUACGUUCAUGAUGAACAAAUUAAACCAAUGUGUCUUCUCUUUCUCAGGUGUUGGAAAGUCUCAUCAGGAAGUGCAUGGCCAUGGAGAUGAUGAUGAAUUCUCUGAUGAUGAUGGAUCACAUGGUGGGGAGAAGAAGAAGAGGCUGAACAUGGACCAAGUGAAGGCUUUGGAGAAGAGUUUUGAGCUGGGAAACAAGCUUGAACCUGGAAGAAAAUUGCAGUUGGCUAAGGACUUAGGGUUAAAACCAAGGCAAAUAGCGAUCUGGUUUCAAAACAGGAGGGCUAGAUGGAAAAACAAGCAAUUGGAAAAAGAUUAUGACGCCUUGAAGAAACUAUAUCAAACAGCCAAAGCUGACAAUGAUGCCCUUCAAGCUCAAAACAAGAAACUUACUGGACAGCUAUUGUCUUUGAAAACCAAAGAUUCAAAUGAAACCAGGAUCAAGAACGAAAACGAGGGUUCAUGGUGCAGCAAUGGAAGCGAAAACAAUUAUGAUAUGAACUUAGCCAUAAGGCCUGCAGCAACAAUGACUCAACUUCUUCAUGGUUCAUCGAAACCAAGCCUCCAUUGCCUAAAACUUGACCAAGUGGUUCAACAAGAUCAGAGCUUGGCUUGCCAUAUGUUUAACCAAGAUGGUUAUGAACAGCAAGGUUUCUGGCCUUGGGCUGACCAAUCAAUCAAAUUUCCAUUGAAUUAAGAACCAGUGCCACAUUGUUCUUAAUUAUGUACUUCAGCUUUGGUUUAAUUGCCAGUUUUUGUGUCGAUUUUCACAUUCUUGUUUUGGUUAUAUAUAUAUAUAUAUAUAUAUAUUGGUUUUAUAGAAUUGACCAUAUAUUUGUCUCACCAUCCAUCAUGUAGGGGUUGUUUGUCUCUGAAUAAUACAUUUUCUUCCCAUGCUUUCAAUGAAUUUUGAUAUAUAUUUACUAA